AUGUCUAAAUUUCAUUACAUUUUAUUGUGGACGACUUUAUUUGCUAAAUUUGUACAGGUGCGUCAGGAAGUUAUAAAUACUAAAAUAUUUUUUCAAAACGUUUGUCGUAAAAUACAUUGUAGAACAUUGGUACAUUGGUCAUUGGUGGUAACCUACAGGCAAAAUCGACUUUGUGGUUGGUUUUAUAUAUAUAUUUUACCAAAUUAA